AUGCUGCUUAGCACAUCACCAAGCGCGAAGCACCGUGAGGCGUGUAUCGACGAGUUGGAUGCGAGGACGCCUCCUCUGAAGACCUUUAUCGUCCCCGGGGGGGGUCUGGCAGCUUCGCACUUGCACCUGGCGCGGUGCGUGUGCCGGCGAGCCGAGCGGAGCCUUCAGCCCCUGCUGGGAACGGGCCAGGGUGUUGAAGAAGUAGCCAGGUAUAUCAACCGGCUUAGCGACCUCCUCUUCGCUGCCGCGAGAUAUGCCUCAGUGGUCGAUGGAAAACCUGAGCGGCCGUGGAAAAAGCUUCCCGUGCUCAAGGUAAAGGACGACGAGGACGAGGGGGCGCCGCAGAAUCUACCCGAAAAAGGACCCUAGUCUCUUAUGUUUUUGCCUACAAGU